ACAACAAGUGACGUCAUUGAGGCGCGACGCACGAAGGAAAAGCGUCGUUUCGCGUCGUGAAAUGUUUUAAGUCCUAAGUUCCUUUUGAAAUCCUCCUCGGAGUUUUCUGUAAUAUCUCUGUUGAAACUGAAAUUUUACUUCUUCGCUCCCCCUGGUUGACACCGUCAAGUCGGACAUCGAACCGAAUGAAAAACGACCUCAAACAGAGAUGACGGCUUGACGGACUGCUGCGUUGCUAACGUUAGCUAGCUCGAAAAUUAGCUAAGUGUUUCGUUUUCGGAGGAAGAAACGAUGACAACUCUCACGAGACAGGACCUUAACUUUGGACAAGUGAUCGCUGACAUCCUGUGUGAGUUCCUGGAGGUCGCCAUUCACCUCAUCCUGUAUGUCCGGGAGGUGUAUCCCUCUGGAAUCUUUCAAAAGAGGAAGAAAUACAACGUGCCUGUGCAGAUGUCGUGUCACCCAGAGCUGAAUCAGUAUAUCCAAGACACGUUGCACUGUGUGAAGCCGCUCAUUGAAAAGAAUGAUGCAGAGAAGGUGGUGGUGGUCAUCAUGGACAAAGAGCAUCAUCCCGUGGAGAGAUUUGUGUUUGAGAUUUCACAACCCCCACUGCUUUCCAUCAGCUCGGAAACUUUACUUUCACACGUGGAGCAGCUGCUGAGGGCGUUCAUCCUGAAGAUCAGUGUGUGUGAUGCUAUUUUGAAUAAUAACCCACCAGGGUGUUCGUUUACAGUACUAGUGCAUACAAGAGAUGCUGCCACACGCAACAUGGAGAAGGUUCAAGUCAUCAAGGAUUUCCCAUGGAUAGUUGCUGAUGAGCAAGAAGUCCACAUGCAGGAGCCUCGACUAAUCCCGCUGAAGACCAUGACAUCUGACAUAGUAAAAAUGCAGCUCUAUGUGGAGGAGAGAGCCCAGAAAACAUAGGUCCCCGCAACCCGAAACGUGGGGGUGUUUGCCGCAGGAGCCACAACACCGAAUCACGCGCAAAGUAAAUAACAGAGCGGCAAAUGAAAGACGAGUGUUUGUUGAACACAUGAGAUUAUUAAGAGCAAGUUGUUCCUCAGGGGAUGUGUUUGUGAAGUGCGUACAUUAUGCAGCAGUUUGGGUCGGUACGAUACGUUUGUCUGACACUUGUCGUCUGUCUGUGAUUGAAUACCAUACCAUACAUGUAUAGGUAAAUGUGGUUCUAUUCUUAUUGUCAUGUAACCUGUUUUAUUGUUUUGAAUGCGAGAGGUCAAGGCCUCUCACUCUGCUUGAAGGAUGGUUUCACAAUUGACCACAUUGUCCCACUGAGCUGCAGCAGUUCUGCGCAUGGUGUCCAACUGUGUCAGAGCUGUUACCACGGUAACGUUCCCUUCCUCUGUUGCAUGACAAAUGCAAAGUUGUGUUUUUUGCAUUUCUUUAUUUUUUACCACUGACAGCAUUGUUGAUCAUUAUGUAAAAGAUUAUGAAAUUGUAAUAAAUUUCUUUUGAAGCACCA